GUGUUUCCUCCUCUUCCUCCUCUCCUCCUCUUCCUCCUCCUCUCAGAUCCACCAGGUGCUGAAGCCGGACGGGGUGUUCAUCGGGGCGAUGGUGGGGGGGGAGACGCUGUACGAGCUGCGCUGCUCCCUCCAGCUGGGGGAGACGGAGAGGGAGGGAGGGUUCUCCCCCCACGUCUCCCCCUACACCGCCGUCACUGACCUGGGGAACCUGCUGGGUCAGGCCGGAUUCACCAUGCUCACUGUGGACACAGAUGAAGUUCAGGUUCAUUAUCCAGGAAUCAUUGAAGUCAUGACCGACCUACAAGGUAUGGGUGAGAGUAACUGUGCGUGGAACAGGAGGUCGAUGUUAAACAGAGACUCAAUACUCGCAGCAGCAGCUAUUUAUAAAGAGAUGUAUGGCAGCGAGGACGGGUCGGUUCCGGCCACCUUCGAGAUCCUCUACAUGAUCGGUUGGAAGCCUCACGAGUCUCAGGCCAAACCAGCAAAGCGAGGCUCGGCCAACGUGUCGUUUGCGGAUCUGUCGCAGAUCGGCCAGCCACCCAACACCAACAAGUUCUAGAAGCUUCUGAGCUAAUAAACAACUGCAGAGUGUAAAUAAUAUAUUUUAUUUAAACAACUGUGUUUAGUUGCUAGGGUGGGCGAUGUGUUGUGCUAUAAUUGUCUGGAAUAAAGAACAGCAUUUCCUCACGCAGGAAAAUGUACUUUGAGAAAACCAGAAGCAGUGACGCGUUGAUGUUUUAAAUACCAGUUCACGUAAUGAGAUAAGACCUUUAUCAAUCAAUCAAUAAGAGUGGGGGAGGGUAGAGCAGAUAGGAGUUCACGCAGGGAUAAGAAUACAAAUGAUAAGAUACCAAAUUUCCUUUUUAUCUUUGUGUUUUUGGUGCAUACAUAAAAUAAAACAAAAGUCUAAACACGGAUAAAAAAAACUAUCUUAAGGAAACUAUAAUAACAUAAAAAAUAUAGCAAUAUUUACAUCGAAUAUGGUUGAAAUAUACAGUAUGUAUACCCGUAGAAAUAAAAUAGGAAUAAUACAGUAUAUCAGAGUAUCUA